UCCCCAUUGAUCUGACCAAAACACGUCUGCAGGUUCAAGGUCAAGUUAACGAUGCCAAAUAUAAGGAGAUCCGCUACCGUGGAAUGGUGCAUGCACUAAUCAGGAUAUGCAAAGAAGAGGGAUUGAAAGCCUUAUACUCUGGGAUUGCACCUGCCAUGCUACGCCAAGCUUCAUAUGGAACUAUAAAAAUAGGCACUUACCAGAGCUUAAAAAGAAUGUUUGUUGAGCAUCCAGAAGAUGAAACCCUGAUGAUAAAUGUUCUAUGUGGCAUUCUUUCGGGUGUAAUUUCGUCAUCUAUUGCCAACCCUACAGAUGUCUUAAAGAUCAGAAUGCAAGCCCAAGGUAGUGUGAUUCAAGGAGGAAUGAUGGGCAACUUCAUACAGAUCUACCAAAAGGAAGGCACUAAGGGAUUAUGGAAGGGAGUAUCACUGACAGCACAGAGAGCUGCUAUUGUUGUUGGAGUGGAACUGCCAGUGUAUGACCUUACCAAGAAGCACAUAAUUAUGUCUGGAUUUAUGGGAGAUACAGUAUAUACUCACUUCCUCUCAAGUUUUACUUGUGGGUUAGCUGGAGCCCUUGCAUCCAACCCGAUUGAUGUUGUCAGAACACGCAUGAUGAAUCAGAGAAGCCAACAACAUGGGGCACACUCAAACUACAAGGGUACCCUGGAUUGCUUGUUACAAACAUGGAAGAAUGAAGGUUUUUUUGCCCUAUAUAAAGGGUUUUGGCCAAACUGGUUAAGACUUGGUCCUUGGAAUAUCAUUUUCUUUGUGACAUAUGAACAGCUGAAGAAACUGGACUUCUGA